AUGGAGAUCAAACAAGACGAUGAGGACUUUAUCAACGAGCUGCUGGGCCACGCGGGAUUAGGCGACCUUGGCGGGGACAUGGGCGCGUCUCUAGCUGCAGCUGAAGGUGGAGGCUUUAUUAGAAGCCAUUUGGGUGUAGAAGAUCACUACGAGGGAAGCAGUCUGGCGCGGGACUCGAUGAGAGGCAGUUUAUCAAUGAAUUACCUGGAAAACUCCACGCAGCACGGACGCGAGCCGGGACAGUCCAUCGACGAAAGUCUUGCCCAGCAAGCGUCUCAGCAGUUCAUGCAACAACCGGAUUUCAUGAUGGAGAGCCUUCUUUUCCAACACGAGCCCUACCAAAGGGAACUUUCGAACGACGACCAGUUGUCAAGCUUCACGGAUGACCCGGUAUCUUCGUCCCUGGGCUCAAGCAUCGCAACGGCCGACUUCAUGUCGCCACGCUCUUCUUCAUUACAAUACCAUCCAUUGCAAUCGCAGCAGCCACGAGAGUCGGUGGACUUGGCGUCUUAUUCGCAGUUUCUGUCGUCCAGUCUCCGAUCACCACCAAGCAGUCUACGGCAGGGAAAUUUUCUUUCAAGCUCAAUGCGAGCCCAACCACCGCCACACUCCUCGGUUGGUAGCGUUGCCCAACAACAACCGCUCUCUAUCGACUCCCCCGGAUUUAAUGCACAGGCCUCGCAAGACGAGAGACUACGUCGCCGUCGAGAGUUCCACAACGCGGUCGAAAGAAGGCGACGAGAGCUGAUCAAACAAAAGGUCAAAGAACUCAGCAAGAUUGUGCCUCCGAGCCUGCUCAACUACGACGACAAGGGCAAAGAGGUGAAAACGAACAAAGGUGUUAUUUUAAGCAGGUCUGCAGAUUAUCUCCAGUAUCUGCAGCAAGUGCUCGAAGUACAAGACCGCAAGCGCCAGCUUUUGCUACAAAAAAUAGGAAAUUUGGAAGCGCUUGCGCAGCAGCGUCAUCAAACAAACCCUUCACGAGCUGGUGGCAAUACUGGCGCCGGCAUGCAUACUCAAAAUCACACGACGACGAUGGGGGCCGCUGGUAGUGCUUCUCCGGAACAAAUCAUCGACGCCAGAGUCACUCCCUACAUGGGGGACAAUUCAUCAUCUACGCCAUCUACCACGGUACAGGACGACCUGCAGCAGUUUUUAUCGGGAGACCUGAUCGAAGCGGAAGACAAUGCAAAACUGAUGUUUGGUGAAGGUGACGGAACGGGGACGACAGCGGACUUUCUGCUGAAUUUUGGAAAAUAG